AUGGAGCCUCCUGCAGCUGAGAUUACAGCACAGGAACGCGAUCUUCUGCUUGGCACACUCUCGAUUGGCGGUGACGACACAGUAGCGCCAACAAGUAGCAGCAAUGGUGCCAGUGUGAGCAACAACACUUAUAUCAAUAAUAUGAUCAACAACAUGGACGACCUAGCUAUGAACUCAUCAGUGGCCUCUACAACCGCCUUCAUGACGCAUGAAGUUCAUUGGGAAGGGUAUGUGCGCAAGAAAGGGGACUGGUUACCACGUUGGGAGGAGCGUUAUCUCAUUCUGGACGGGGCUACGCUAACAUACUACAACUCAAAAGAAGAGGCUCGAAGUGCUCGCAACAUGCGCGGUCGCAUGACUGUAUAUAAAGUACGACCUGAGAAUUAUGGUAAGGCGCAUGGUUUUCUUCUCGAAACACAGAGCCACAAGCAAUUUCAUCUUUGUUGCGCUACGGAGUUGGAGAAAGACAUGUGGGUCGAAAUGAUGCAUGCAGCGGUCGAAGAAGGGGCUAGACAAAGAAAUAGCCGAUUAUCAGUCGAAGGAAUGGAAAUACUACAGAUAUCACCUACGCAAGUAGAUCUCCGCGGCUUUUACUUCGCUUUUCGUCAAUUACUCAUAUCACACUCGUCUUCACCGCAAUUCUUUCCCAAGCUCUCGCGUGACGUUUGCCUUACAUCAAACUAUGCGCCUACUGUGCCAUUUUGGGGUGAAUAUCACGGUCUCGAUGGCGUUCUCCAUUUCUUUUCCAUUUUGUACGAAACUGUAGAGAUUACCGCUUUUUUCGUCACUGAUAUAGCGCAGGCCAAAGAAGGAUGUACUGCUGUAGUUGCUGGACGAGAAACGAUGAAGAAUCGUGAGAAUGGACGCAAGUUUACACAACAAUGGCAGCAUACGAUCGAAUUUGCCCCUGAUGGACGCGUCAAGAGUCUCACAAUUUCGGCAGAUCCUAUCGCCGCCUCCGCUGUCUUUGGAUGUAGCGCCACAUCAAGCCUAUCGCUGCCCAUGGCAGCGAUCGUUGGUAACUCAGUACAUGAUAAUCCAGCUGGAAAGCUGCACGUCGUUGUUUAUCGCGGUGAACAGAUUUCAGACAAAGGCUUAAUUGAUGACGAAGAAGCCCAAAACUCAAAGACUGUCGACGAAAACCAGCCGUCAGAUCGCCGUGUGUAUCUGGGACUUCGUCUAGUUACUGACGGAAAGACUAACGUUUAUGCUCCGACUUCGUCGGCAAAUUGCGUUGCUCGGACGCGGACGUGCGAUCCAGAAGAAUCUCGAAAUCCGAAAUGGAACUCUAAAUUGGAGAUCCCAUUUCCAGGCUCAUCGCGUGGUAAGCCGUGUUUCGUCUUGAUAGAAGCAUGGGAAGUGGCGCACAACGAUGGUGGAAUAGCUUCGGAACGUGUGAUUGGUGUUGCCAAAGUAAAUCUUGCGCCAUUCUUAGCGCUGGCAAGUACGUCACGAACGGUACGGGAGAGUGUUAUUCAUUCAGAUAUUGCCCGUGGUGCGGUCCCGCAGUGGUACACGUUGCUGUCUGCAAGCGAGACGAAAUUCACGUGUGGAAGAGUACAACUUAGUAUUAGUUUUGAAGCCUCAAUGUCUUCGUUUGCUGCGAUGUCUCGUGCAACUUCAUCGCGAAAUGGACUUGAUGACACUUUGUCCAGCUUGGACUCAAAUGCCCUAACGCCGCAGGUUCGUCCUUCCGGGGCGGUCGUCCAGUCGAUGAGUCACCGUGUAGCGCUCGCUCGUGGCUGCUCUUUUCGCGAUACGAAACGCGAUAACCACCAUUUUCGGGUUGGAAAUACCAACUUUGACGUUCCGAAACGCUAUCAGAUGAUUAAGGCUGUGGGCCAAGGUGCAUACGGCUGUGUUAUUGCUGCUAGUGACACAGAGACAGGCCAAGCACUUGCCAUUAAAAACAUUCCUAAUGCUUUCAAUGACCUGAUAGAUGCCAAGCGUAUCCUUCGUGAAAUUCGUCUCAUGCGCCACCUCAACCACCCCAACUUGGUGAAUCUACUUGACCUGUUGCGCCCGCCAACAUUACAAGAAUUUAACGAUGUCUACAUUGUUACAGAUCUCAUGGAGACUGAUUUGCACCGGGUUAUUCACUCAAAUCAGUCAAUUAGUGAUGACCAUGUACAAUAUUUUCUUUACCAAAUGUUGGUUGCGAUUAAUUAUGUGCACUCUGCUGAGGUACUGCAUCGUGAUUUAAAGCCAUCCAAUAUUUUGGUGAAUUCGGAUUGCGAUUUAAAGCUGUGUGACUUUGGCCUUGCUAGAGGUAUCCAGGGUUUAGACUCGGGUCUCACCGAGUACGUCGUUACACGGUGGUAUCGCGCCCCAGAAUUGCUGCUCUCGUCUAAAUACGAUAAACAAAUGGACGUGUGGGCUAUUGGAUGCAUUCUGGCAGAGAUGCUAGGACGGCGUCCUCUUUUUCCUGGACACGACUACCUGCAUCAAUUAAAGAUCAUCAUGGAAGUUGUAGGAUCUCCGUCUGAAGACUCGCUAGACUUUAUAACAAAUCCGAAGGCAAAGCGAUUUAUUUUGCGUCAGCCAAAGAAGCCAAAGGUUCCCUUGUCGUCCGUGUAUCCGCGUGCUACGCCACAGUGUCUUGAUCUGCUCGAGAAAAUGCUAGUCUUUGAUCCACGCAAACGAAUUACAAUUCAAGAAGCCCUGGCACAUCCAUACUUGAACCUUGUGCGUGAUCGAACUGUGGAGAAGACGUGUCCUACACCUUUUGACUUUGCCUUUGAGAAUACGGAUUUGACAAAGCAAAAGUUGCAAGAGCUAAUUUUCGAAGACGUAUGUGCAUUUCACCCAGAUGCUCGCAUUUCUGAUCCAGUAAUACCUGCAUUAAAUUCUGCGAGUAUUGGUUCAGACAGAGCCUUAGGCGUUUCGAGGACGAAAUUAUCUUCAGCUUCGUUUUCAGGCAGAGCUUGCGCGCAACCUGCACCAGCCCCGUCUGCCUCGGCUGCUGCUACAUCAUCAGUAGCAGCACCACCUGCCCCAGCAAAUUUGGCAAGUUCGCCUAUAAUGGCCUCAAAAGAAGAGUCGAAGGGAUAUGUUGUUCAAUUGCUAUCGUCUCCGGUAGUUUCGAAUGCAUGUCCUGCACACGAAGCACGAGCUUCAGAAACUCUUUUAGAUGCUAACACAUCCCCUGAAAUAUUACUUUCCGAGAAUGCGACAUCGUUAACAACGCAAUCUAUCGAAGCCGAUUUCUUAAAACUAGCGUCGUCAAUGCACGAACGAAGUGCUAAAGCCGAAGUAACUAUUGAGAUUGGGCAGACACCUUUACACGUUGCUGAGGUUUCAUCUGAUGCUGGUUUACCAGCAUCAGAUGCGUAUGACAUCGGCAGCGCUUCUAUUCAAAAUGUAUCAAGCACGGCACCUGUCGAUGAGAACGCUCUUAUCGACCAACACAGCACUAGUACAAGUAGCAGUAACAGUGAUGGUGUCGCAGAACUCGUAGAUACAACCAAGUUGAAGCAAAACAUCAAGCUGUCAAACUCACCAAGACAACAAGGGCAGUGCAAGUCACUUCUUACACCAUCUUCUGUGGUUUGA